AUGUUCCUUCUCCAAUACUCCCACUAUCCUAUCCCAUCACAACAACGACAGGGGGAUGAGGAAAAGUUGCUCGGGUUGGAGCCGUCCCCGCUUUGCGACCGCCACAAUACCGACAUCGCCUCGUCACAGAAAAAUUUCAUUUCUUUCCUUGUCAACCCUCUCUUCGAGAGCUGGGUCUCUUUCCUCGACUGCCCGGCGGCAGACUUGUGCACCAAAAAUCUUAAGAGGAACCAGGCCAUGUGGAUCGCAAGGGAGAAAGCGGGCGGCAAUAGCUUCGACUUCGCGACCUGGCCGGCGGCAACCCAGGCAACCCCCUCUCCACCGCCACCACCGGCGCUGCCUGUUGACGUCAACGCGCAUAGUUCGAGCAUGGUGAACGCCGUGAACUUGCCCCAAGGCGGUGGAAACUUCGCUCCAAACGAAGCCGGUGCCGAUGGCAGCUGUGGAGAUGGCGACGGCGGAGACGAAAGGAUAGACCAAGAUGACAACGCGCGGCAGCGUGCGGCAAUGGCUGCAGCAGGUGUAAAUUUGAUCACUUCAAGCGGGGCGCGAACAGGGACAAACAACGUUUACAGGGUGCUGGAAGAGGGCGUGGCGGGUCGGGGAGAAGACAACGGAAGAGCAUCAGAAGCGAGGAGUAGACCAGGCGUUGGGAUGCGGGGCGUUGAAGGAUCAAGCUCCAGGGUAUCUGACGGGUUGGACCUGUCCAGCCGUAGCGGGGCGUCAACGACGACGGCAGAGGAAGCAGGAGCAGCGGUAAAGGUAGCGGCGAAUUGGGGCCCGACAACACCACUAAAUGCGUACGAGAGUAACGACAGCUCCUGUGGCAGUGCAGGGUCAUCGCCCCACCGCAGGCGUUCGACAUCCACCUUGGAGAGAAUCUUUCCGUCGUCGGUAGGGCCGACACCGCCACUAGGGUCGUCGUCGUGACAGGAAAGAGGGACGGAGGGAUGGAGGGACGGAGUAGGGCUUGUUUUUUUGGGCAUCUGCGGCCCCGCUCCACAACUUCGAGAUAAGACGACCUCUAGGACCAUCAAGUCCAUCCUACGAGACGACACGUCUACUCCGAACGAAGUCCAUGGGGCAAACAUUCCUGAGUGGACGGAAGAUAUAGAGAGGAAAGAAACGCUCGCAUACGCGAUUGGAAACUACAGAUGCCCGCCGCAUUAGUCCCUGUCUAUAGAUCUCGUUUGUGAUCUCGAUCGUAGCUAGAGCGCCCAGCAAUCUGUCGCCGCUUACAAUGAUGGUCGGCAUGGCUUGGAGAAAGGACAGAGAAGAGUCCCUCGGCCGACGUCGUUUGGUCCUGCGAGAACUCGAAUUCUCAACGAAGUGCCUACAGGAGCUGGCUUCGAUAGGGAAAGGUCGCAACUUUCAAUCUGGACACCCGCAAGCCAACACACAUGCGACGAAAGCUACGGCGACGACAAGGGCGCAUCAUCUCUUCGAGCUCUUGCCGUGGCGUCCAAUAACGAAAGGCAUCGAACUCUGAACCGCGGGUUUUGCGUGUGUCCAACCUGUUCAGCUCGUUUGACGAUAUGUGCACAUUUGUGGUUCAAGUCGGUUGGACCGUACGUUUAGACGUUGAUACCAAGCCUCGAUUCUCCCUCGCGUUUACGCGUGGAUAAGACGAGGGUAGAUAUAUCCUCCCUCACCUUUCUCCCUGCCGCGGGUAGGGUUGCGAGCGGGGGCAAUGCACCAAGCUUACCAAGCGUUUGCUGAUAGUAGGAGUUCAGACAAAUCGUUUCAUGAAUUUUCCGUAUCUUUGGAAACGGAACACGCUUGAGGGAAGGAUGACUGACAUGCGUCAUACAGGAAUUCUCUCGGCGACCCCGCAUCGGAACUCUUGUAUUACAGAU